AUCCUGAGCGAGUCACACGCCUAUGCCGCGAUCUUUUGAAGAAAAUGUCAACGACGCCUUUAAGAAUAGAGGAUGGUAUUCGCCCACGAGAUUGGCAACCGCGAAAAUCAAGUUAUAAAGUACCUUUGAGAUUGAUGCGAUUAUGUUUGCUGGGAAUACUUCUGCCGUCCGUAUUUAUUGCGUGGCCACUGUAUUUGAGAUACCGCGUGUAUUCUGAGCAGCUGUAUGCUUUAACAAUAUCCGAUCAGAUACUAAUCGAUGGCAGAAUUUCUACCCUUUGGUGCCAAAGCCAAGUAGUUAAAGUUAACGCCACAUUCAAUGCGUACCUGAUGAGUAACGAACCAAUAGUUGAAAAGGAUACAGUGCCUGUAUCGAUGACGAGACACCUCGUUAUGACAGAUGACAUGAAGGAGUAUUGGGGAUUUUAUCUUUUGCGCGGCAGUAGCGUCACCGUUUCAGCUUGUGUAAGAUGGCCGGGUGCUUCUUUAACGAUAAUCCGUGGCUUCAAAAAUCUACACGAGUGCGCCUUUAUCGGAGAUGACAGUAGCGAGGAACUCGAGGAACUCGUUGAGGUCGCCAAGGAACAAGGACUUCUCGAUGUAAAGGGCACUACGGAGGCGGCGCGUCUUAGUAAUGUACCUGAUAAAAUGAGACGAGCAGAUCAAGACGUGCAUUUCUAUGACAGUGCUCUUCGCUUGAACGUUUCUAAAUCGUCUGGACAACCGGGCAGUCAUGAGUUGGACCCUGAAACAAUGCGGAAUAUACUUACACAACUCUUGGUUAAGACCAAUUACGCAAAAAAGAAGCAGAAAAAGAAUCCGCAUCACCAUUACGAAGCCGUCUUCAGGGAUGUCACUAAUAUCGAUAAGCCAGCGACCACAAAUUAUCCUAGAAAUUUACAAGAUCAGGAAAAAUUAAUAAGCAAAUUUGAUAAUAAUAAAGAGACAGAAAAUGAUAAAAAGUUUACACCAUUAUUAUCGAAAGUACCAAUUUCUUUUCAAGAACCGCGAUACGAUCAGGAAGAAUCUGAAACUUCACAGAAUUAUACAUUUCCUUCUAGUCUACGUCCGCAUUCUAUCCGGAUAUCCAGUAAGCAAAUGGAAUCCAGCACGAGACGGGAAAUCGUAAAAGAGCAAGAAGAGCUGAAAACUAAACGGACAAACUCAGAAGAGGUGUUUCAAGAUGUUUUGCGAAAAAUUAACUCCUUAGGUGAUCGUGGUAAACAGAUAUUACACAAAUUGAUGGAUACAAUUGAUACGCAAGCCGAUGCUAAAGGUGCUGCAUUGAAACAAUUAAUUAAUAAUACAAUGAAUGACAAAAAAUUGUCGAACGAAGCUAAACAGAGAAGAAGACGAGACCUGGUUCUUUCGUCGCCGCUUUAUCAGGAAUUAACAGAGAAUGACGAAGACGGUGAUGCAGCGGUAGAAGAGGAUUUGUUGCAUCCAGAUGGUAUCGCAGAGGAUCGAGGUACGGUAAACGAAACAACUUUGAACGAUAGAAGUAAUUCUGAGUUUUGGAGUUCGUUUAGCAGUUCUGAAGAACGGCUGUUGGAAUGCAAAGGUCUUAUCCUGAAUUUACCUUUGACACCACAUCGUUAUUGUACACCCAAACACGAAAGUCAUCAUUCUACAGCCUCUUUCGCCAAUAUGGUGACAUACAGAGUACCUCUAAACGGGUAUUACUUCUUUGUCUUUAAUUCGGAAAAUGAAGUUCAGCCUAAUUACGUGAGGGUGAAAUUUGAUCUUUUGAAAACUGUCUACAAUACAUCAAAUCCUGUGCAUGCAUGUAAAAAUAGCACGGAGGAGUGUUCCUUACCGUUUAAAAUAUUCAGUAACGAAAAAACGGUAUUAGAAUUGCCAUUAAGUGGAAAUGAUUCGCAAUGGAAUGAGGAAUAUAUUGGUGUGUCUGUAUGCGAACCAAGAACAAUGGUUUACACUAUUUGUGUCAUCAUGGUGCCUUUACUUAUUCUUCUUUUUGCUUUUCAUUAAAAAAUAGCGUUAUUAACAGUAUUUAUGUACAUAGCACACAGUGACGUGAUUAAUAAUAAUGAGAAUGUACCAAAGC